GUACCAAGUAUAAAUAUGUUAACAAUUUUGCACAUCAGCAGUUGUUUGCAACUAUCUCGUGAAGAAGCAAUGUUGAAGUUCGUAGUAGUUUUGUCUUUUGUCGCUUGCGCUUUGGCUGGCACCAUCCCCGAGGGUAUGGUCAGCCUUAACGACGACUUGGGUGGGCGUAUUGUUGGCGGUACACCUACCUCCAUCAGCUCGUUCCCAUGGCAGGUAUCGCUCCAGCGUUCCGGUUCUCAUUCCUGCGGUGGCACCAUCUAUAACAGCAGAAUUAUUGUGACCGCGGCUCAUUGUUUGCAAUCGGUUAGCACUUCGGUUCUGAGAAUUCGUGCCGGCUCCACCUACUGGAACUCUGGCGGAGUCGUCAUAUCUGUCGCUGCAUUCCGCAAUCAUGAAGGCUACAACAGCGCAACCCAUGCCAAUGAUAUUGCCAUCAUCAAACUAGCCUCAUCUCUGUCAUUCAGCUCGAACGUUAGAUCUAUUGGUUUGGCUACCAGCACACCCGGUAAUGGCGCCUCCGCAUCAGUAUCCGGUUGGGGUACACAGAAAUCUGGCUCAAACUCUCUCCCCAGUCAAUUGCAAUACGUCAACGUAUCUAUCAUCGAUCGCAGCAAAUGUGCUUCCAGCGCAUACGGUUACGGUUCGGUCGUUAGAGCAGGUAUGGUCUGCGCUGCUGGCAGUGGUAAGGAUUCUUGCCAAGGUGAUUCCGGCGGUCCUUUGGUAUCCGGUGGUGUACUUGUUGGUGUUGUUUCAUGGGGCUACGGCUGUGCUGCCGCCAGAUAUCCCGGUGUUUAUGCUGAUGUCGCCACAUACCGCUCCUGGGUUGUGAACAACGCCAACUCUAUCUAAGAUACCAAAACUGAUAAUAAAAUGAGAAAAAUAAAAAAGCUUGCGAUUUGAAAAUAUAA